UUCCGACUGUCCCGAAUUCAGCCGCGCAGUUUUCUGGCAGUUGUCGAUAAUUUCGGUAGCGUUGCUUGGUUAUAUAAUACCUAACUUACAUUUUAUACAGAACAAAAAUAACAUCAGCCGAAAACGCGAAUAAAAUUAUAAAUACCUCAGUUUGUAUCAAUUAAAAGUAGUUUUUUAAAUAACAUACUAUUAAAAUGGUCAACGUUCCCUUCACUACAUUCAAUAAUGGUCAAAAGUUUCCACUUUUCGGUUUAGGAACCUGGAAGUCCAAACCUGGUGAAGUAACUCAGGCUGUAAAGUAUGCUAUUGAUAUUGGAUACCGGCACAUUGAUUGUGCUCACGUUUACGAAAACGAAAAGGAAGUCGGUGAGGCGAUCGCAGCUAAGAUUAAAGAUGGAACCGUUAAAAGAGAAGAUUUAUACAUAACCAGUAAACUUUGGAAUACGUACCAUCGUCCCGAUUUGGUAGAAGGUGCACUCAAAACUACUUUAAAACAUUUGGGUUUGGAUUAUCUAGAUUUGUACCUUGUCCAUUGGCCAAUGGCAUGGAAGGAAGGAAACAUUUUGUUUCCUUACGAUUCAAGUGGUCAAGCCAUUCCCAGCGACGUCGAUAUUACUGAUACGUGGAAAGCCAUGGAAGAGGUCUGUAGAAAGGGUUUGACCAAGUCUAUCGGCAUUUCCAAUUUUAAUAAAAAACAAAUCGAACGAAUCUUGGAAGUCGCAACAAUUCCUCCGGUGACUAAUCAGAUAGAGUGCCAUGCCUAUCUUAAUCAAAAGAAAUUGAGUGCAUUCUGCAAAUCAAAAAAUAUCGUCGUCACAGCUUAUAGUCCUCUAGGAUCACCAGAUAGACCUUGGGCAAAGCCCGAUGAUCCCAAAUUGAUGGACGACCCAAAAUUGAUCGAAAUUUCGAAAAAAUACGGAAAAACACCGGCGCAAAUAUUGCUCAGAUAUCAGAUCCAGCUAGGUCAUAUAACCAUUCCAAAGUCCGUAAAUAAUCAACGUAUUAAGGAAAAUUUCAAUAUUUUUGACUUCGAGUUAACUCCACAAGAUAUGGCUUAUAUUGAUACAUUCGACUGUAAUGGAAGAAUAUGCCCAGCUACUGAUGCAUACAAUCACAAGGACCAUCCGUUCAUUCAUGACGAAUAUUAAUGGCUAAUGGGAAGAUUUACCUUUGACCACUUUACUUUAAGCAAAUAUUGGUCUACGGUCAGUUCCUUUUACUGAAAAUUCAUCUAAAUGUACUAUUAACAUCCAAUAAAACUAUAAUUUUAA